GAACACACACAUACUACAACACAAAACAACUUCUCAACUCUCUCCCUCUCUCUCUCUCUCUCUACGUCUCCUACCCUCCUAUUUUCUACUGAGAUUAAUUCAAUCCGAGGUUUCAAGAUUCCAGUUUUAUAAAUGGCUGAGGAAUUCGAUGAAGCUGAGGUUGUAUUCCUCGAAGAUUCAAGCUCUGUUCUCCAGAGAGACGACGAUAAUGAGAAUCGUUUGUUCGGUCGAAAGGAGAAGAACAAGACGAGUCGGAUCAUCAAGAAGACGGAGAAGGUGACGGCGUUAUCAAGCUCUCUGCCGGUGAAUAUAUAGAAUAUACCGGAGAACAUGUUUCGUAGAUAUGUCGGAAAAGAAGAGAAUGAAUACACGGAGGAGUAUACCGAUGGAAGAGGAGAGAUCAUUCCACCGCAUGUUAUCGUUGGACGGAGGAUUCAAGGAGAAGGAGGAGGACAGAUGGCGUUUUCAGUUUGUUCAGGUAGUGGAAGGACUCUUAAGGGGAGAGACCUUAGCCGGGUUCGUAACUCGGUUCUCAGGUCAACCGGUUUUUUGGAGGCUUGAUGAUGAACUCCUUUAGGUAGUUUCCGGUUUUGGCAUGCAUUUGAUCAUCUCUCUUUUUAUUUUGCAAUUUAUGGAAAAUUUGUCAGUGUUGUUUUGUUAAGUGAAACUGGGGAAAAUGUUUCAAAUAUAUAUCAAAAAGAUUGGUCCAUCAA